GGUCAUUAUCACUGGUACAUGCAGUUGCAGUAACUAGCCCUACUUGGACAUGAUUUUUUUAAAAUGAUUAGUUUGUAGAAAUGUUCUCUGUUACGCAUGCAGUCAUCUGAAGGCCUCGUUCUCCAGGGAACGAUCCAGUGUUUUUCUGUCCUGUGCUCACAGGAAUGAAAGCUCCUUGGGAAUCACACAGGUAGAGGGAUGCCUUUCAUCUUCUAGAUUUCGGCCGGCAGAAAUCUUUAUUGGAGCUCGAACAGCCUUAUCUUCUCUCCUUCGCUCUCCCUGUGCGCCCUCCCGCUCUAGAGCAAGCCUACUGUAUUUCUGCUGCAGAGUGGGGCGUGUGACGUCAACGAAUGCUGGAGCGGCUCCUUGGCUCGAGCGAGAAAUGGGGAGAAAAUUCCGAGGGCCAAAGGUUCAUGGUGAGGCAGAAGUAACGGUGACGAGGAACAAAUCUACAACCUAAGAAGAUUCUGAAUCUGCGGAUUUGUGUUUGUGUGUGUCAGACUGUCAGUAUGUGAUGGCGUGAAUGGCCUUUGGUCUAAUUCUCGCCUCCCUCAGACAUCCGUCUUCCUUCUCGCCCUCAUUUAACUCUCACCACCACCAUUUUGGUACCAUGAGAGGACCCGCCCAGUACUCCGUGAGUAGUACGCCCGUGGCGUGUCUGCGCCGCUGUGCCGCGUGAGGGGCCCCCCGCCGGCCUUUCGCGGAAUGGCUUCUUUGGACCUGCCCUACCGCUGUCCUCGUUGCGGGGAGCACAAACGCUUCCGGUCGCUGUCCUCCCUCCGCGCCCACCUGGAGUACAGCCAUACCUACGAGACGCUCUACGUGCUCUCCAAGUCCAACAGCGUGUGUGACGCCGCUGCACUACUCCCCCUGGUGGCCGACGGAGACCUUCUCCUCGCUCCUUCUGCCCCCGGCGGUAACCGCAGCAACAACAACGACCCCUUCGACGGACUUCAACUCCGGUCUUCCGCCUUCAGGGACUUCAAGGAGCGUCGCUUUCCGUGCCGCGAGCUUCCCUGUCCCGACGACCUCGGCGGUUUGUCCACAACGUCCAACGCCGCGGCUCUCUACAUCCCCAAUGUAGAGUUCCCCCUGGGGGAGAUCUUUGUGAAGAAAGCCAUGAGUGCAGCCGGUGACCAUCACGGUUCCCACAGCAACCAAAGCACGGCCGUGGCGGUGGCGGCGAAUGUGGCGGCGAGCGCAGUGGAGGCGGCCUAUGAGGAGGGUCUGGCCAGGCUGAAGGCAAGGGCCUUUGAGCGUCUGGAGCUGGACGAGAGGCUGGAGAAACUCUCAGAGGAGGUGGAGCAGAAGAUAGCUGCACGUGUGGGCCGGCUGCAGACAGAGCUGGAGAGGAAGAGCGGCGAGCUGGAGCGGGCCAAGCAUGAGAGCGAGCGGCUGGGCCAGGAGAAACAGGACCUGGAGGACAAGGCAUCGGAGCUCUCCCGCCAGGUGGAUGUUUCGGUGGAGAUGCUGGCCAACCUCAAGCAGGACCUGGUCAGCAAGGAGGAGGAGCUCACCCACAAACAACAGGAGGUAACCCAGAUAGACCAGUUCCUCCAGGAGACGGCGGCGCGGGAGGCCAACGCCAAGGUGCGCCUGCAGCAGUUCAUCGAGGAGCUCCUGGACCGUGCCGACCGUGCCGAGAAACAGCUGCAGAUCAUCAGCAGCUGCGGGACCACACCCAACGGCAGCAUGGGACGCUGCAGCCUGCCCGGCACCAACAAGGGCUCCAACAAUGGACGCCAGAGGAACUCCAGUAUCUCUGGGACGUCUAGGGGCAUGUACCAGGUCUCUGACCGACGAUCCUCUCCCAGCACCGGAGCGUCGGGCCGGGUCAAGUCCUGCUCCCAGGGCACGGGCGGGGGCUACGACAGCGGCGACAGCGUGGAGAUGCACCCCAUGGAAGAGUGCCCCGAGGGCCAGUACUACCACGUCCAGUGUCGGCUGGGGGAAGGGGGCGGACAGGGAGGGGGCGGACAGUGCUACGAGAGGGCCGGGGUGUCCCGGAGCUGGGGGCUCCGCAAGCAGGCCAUCCAGAACUGGCAGCGGCGACCCUACCGGAACAGCACGGAGGGGGAGGAGGGCGACGUGUCGGACGUGGGCUCCAGGACUACCGAGUCGGAGGCGGAGAUGUGGGAGCAGCAGGAGAGGAGGGCCACCAUGGCUGAGACGCAGCAGUCUGGAGCACCGAGACAAUCUGGGUACCGCCAAGGCACAGGCCGUUCCGAGGGGGGCUACCGCCACAACAAGCCGUGUCGCCACGACAAGAGCCCGUCCCGGUCCAACAGCGAGGUGAUCAGCCCGGAGAUACUGAAAAUGAGGGCGGCUCUGUUCUGUAUCUUUACCUACCUAGACACCAAGACCCUGUUGAGGGCCGCGGAGGUCUGCAGGGACUGGAGGUUUGUGGCCCGCCACCCUGCCGUGUGGACCCGGGUGCUGCUGGAGAACGCCCGCAUCUCCUCCAAGUUCCUGAGUACACUGUCCCAGUGGUGCACCCAGACCCAUUCCCUCAUCCUCCAGAACCUCAAACCACGACAGAGGGGCAAGAAGGAGAUCAAGGAGGAGUACCUCAAGAGCACACGUGGUUGUCUGGAGGAGGGCCUGGAGUCCUUGCUGAAGGCUACAGGAGGGAACCUGUUGAUCCUCAAGGUGUCUCAUUGUCCCAACCUGCUAACUGACCGCUCCCUGUGGCUCGCCAGCUGCUACUGCCGAGCCCUGCAGGCCGUAACAUACAGGAGUGCCACAGACCCUGUAGGACAGGAGGUGAUCUGGGCUCUAGGAGCCGGCUGUAGAGACAUCAUCUCUCUCCAGGUGGCACCACUACAUCCAUGCCAACAACCGGCUCGCUUCAGCAACCGAUGCCUGCAGACCAUUGGCCGAUGCUGGCCACACCUCAGAGCCCUGGGCGUGGGCGGGGCAGGGUGUGGCGUUCAGGGACUAGCCUCAUUGGCGAGGAACUGCAUGCGUCUGCAGGUGUUGGAGCUGGACCAUGUGAGUGAGGUCAACCAGGAAGUGGCAGCAGAGGUGUGCAGGGAGGGUCUGAAGGGCCUGGAGAUGCUGGUCCUCACCUCCACCCCGGUCACCCCUAAGGCCCUGCUACACUUCAACAGUGUGUGUCGUAACCUGAAGUCCAUCGUGGUGCAGAUCGGGGUGGAGGACUACUUCGAGGACCCCAACAGCCCUGAGGCUAGGAAGCUGUUUGACGAGAGGGUGAACAAGCUGCAGGGCUUGAAGAAGAGACCGGGCUUCUCCAAAAUUCUGCACGUGAAGGCGGACAUCCUCUGCUAACCCCAUCCACCACCCAGAACCCCCAAAGAAAAAGGGUCGGCCAUUUUGUUUCCAGACACACCAACACAACCGACCUAGUCAUUUGUAACCCCUUGACGUGACGCGAGGACGAAACAGCCUGAAGUACCAGUCAGCCAACACACGCAUGUAACUGAAGAGGAAAUUCAGCAACAUGAUACUUUAUUGUUAAAAAUAAAAACCAAUGUGUUUUUAGCUCUUAGCCUUGACUAAAAGACAGACACCACAGACAGAUAGACGCUCCAUAGACCACUACAAUGCCAAUUGGAGAGAUGCAAUGCAGUACAGAACAGAGGAUAGACCAGACAAGAGGCCUGGAUAAGUCAGGUCAACACCUUACCCUGGAGCAUACAAACCCAGUGGAAAUUCUCAGAAAGGGACCAAACCCUCCUUUACCAUAGAUGUAUUAGAGAGCUCAUCUCCCAUCUUUUCAAUGGCUGCUUUUUUGACCCAAUGGGCAGCACCAUUGAGGGCUAUCUCUAUUUUUAAAGUAGUACAUUUUGUGUGUCCUCUAUCCAACUCUAUGGUGGGGUAAAGUGUAGUAAACACAUCAUCAGGCUGGUAACAAGACCAGGGGCCCCUAAGUCUCCGCGAAAACUAACAGGGACCAUGUUUGUGACUUGCUGACCUUCCAAACAGAUUUGAAACAAACUCUUAUUGGACUUUGUAGAUGCCGUAAUCUCGGCGGGCAUUUUGAUUUCAACUGAGAAAAGAGCUGUAAGCUGGGGGAUAGAUGUCAUGAAGGAAAUGCACAUGAGCAGUAAAGCAGAUGUAGGGAUGGACGGUGUGUGAUUUUUGACCCUGUCCUGAGCCAGAGGAGUAAGUUAAAAUAGACCCUCAACUCCCAACGUGUGUGUGUGUGUGUGUGUGUGUGUGUGUGUGUGUGUGUGUGUGUGUGUGUGUGUGUGUGUGUGUGUGUGUGUGUGUGUGUGUGUGUGUGUGUGUGUGUGUGUGUGUGUGUGAUGCAUGACAUACCAGCUUCAGACUUGGUCAAACAUAAAAUGAGAAGAUAUCUUGUCACCUUUUAGAUUUUUUUUUAUUCCAAGGUCUUUAUCGGCCUAUCAGCCGCUCCAUGGUGUAGUCGCCAUGGGAACAGUGCAGUUCCCAUCUUCAGCAAGAUCAUCAGCGGAGCACAGUCUCUCACGCACACGCUUGGAUUUUCAGCUGUCAAUGACUUUUGUCUGUGGAACUCUUACAGUAUCUGUAGGCCGGCUGGUCCAUGAGGAAGCUACUGUUUAUUUUGUUUUUAAACAGGGUUGCAAAUGGAUUCCUUUUGCCUUUUAUUUCAGAAUUGAUGACUUUCAUAGCUGUGUGUGUUCUCUCCGAUGUGCCACUAAUCUAUAGGAGCGUUGUGUAAGGCAGUCGUUCACCCUAUUCAAAUAACUAGCCACUAGCUCUGUAAGCUACAGUGAAUUACAUGAGGUUCAUCCCAAAUGCACCCUAUUCCCUAUGGACAGUAGUGCGGCAGGGUAGCCAAGUGGUUAGAGCGUUGGACUAGUAACCGGAAGGUUGCAAACCCCUGAGCUGACACGGUACAAAUCUGUCGUUCUGCCCCUGAACAGGCAGUUAACCCACUGUUCCUAGGCAGUCAUCGAAAAUAAGAAUUUGUUCUUAACUGACUUGCCUAGUUAAAUAAUGGUCCAAUCAGGCCUCCAAGGCCUGGAAUAGGGUGACAUUUGGGAUGCAGUCUUGAUCUCAAUUGCCUAAAAAUCCUCUUCUUGUUUCUUCAUCUGCACUGAUUGCCGUGUCAAGUGAAAACAAAAUGGUGGAAGCUCAUCAUUAGGCUGUCUUUCACCUGACCAGUUAUUUUCACUCAGUGCAAUGGCGGGAGAAGAGGACAGAGUUGUUAGACAAUUGAGUAAGAUCGCCUGUAGGUAUCCACUCGCAGUAGUGUACCAUUUAUUUCUUCAGGCAUUCAUGCAAGUUGUCGAGCUCAGGCAACAAUGCACCCCGACCUAAACCAUGCAUCCACCCCAGGGAGGCAUCUCAAGUCUAAUGUGGACUCCUUCUGACAGAAGACAACAGUUGGAAGCUUGAUCCUCUGGUAGGCUUUGACUUAUCCUUUGUUUGUACGUCAUUGUAGAUCAAGGAAAGGAAAUGAGAAAAAGCCAUUUUAGACUAUUGAGAUGCAGCCCGUGUGCCAGAGAGGAAAGGCUGCAGGGCGAAUGCUUUACUUCCCCGGCAGGUUUUUUUUUUUUUUAAAUGGAGAGAUGUUUAGUAAAGUUGAGCACCGAGUUCUGUUCUAAGUUACGUGCUGCUUUGUUUUAGUAGUGCUAGCCUGACAUAUACACACACACACACACACACACUACAGUCGUGGUUUCUCAUCUCCAUGUUCUCUUCCAAUACUGAAUAUUGUACUGCCAUGGUGGCUGUGAAAAGACUAGAAGGGGUUGAAAGGCUUGCCCCUUCGAUUGAAAAGGUGUUUUUAAAGCCGCUGCCACAAUAGAGGAAAACACAAUGCACUUCUUUAUUUAGGGAUGUGGUCCAAAUGGCACCCUUUUCCCUGUAUAGUGAACUACUGUACUUUAGAUGAGGGCCCAUAGGGCUCCGGUCAAAAAUGGUGCACUAUAUAGGGAGUAGGGUGGGUGCCAUUUGGGUUGCAACUUUAGGGGGUUUUCAGUUCCUGACAAUCUAGUCUUCUUUAAGACAUUAAAAACUGUACAUAAUGUUGUUUAUAAUAUAAAAAGAUUACUGCAUUUGGUGUUAUAAAAUUAAAGGUCAUAAGUAUAAGGAUCUUCACGAUGAAAAAAAAUGAGUAUUUUAAGAAAAAUGAGUAAAUUAAGAGUCUACAGGUGUCGAUUCUGAAACAUUUUCUCUCCAAAGUCGAACUGAAAGAUGCAGCUAUAUUAUGUAUAAACGGUAGUGUUGAAAUUUGCGGUUGUGUACUAUAGAUACUUUAUAUUCAAUGUUCACGAUCAAUGUGCUAUAGAGAUGGACAUUAUUUAAGAAAGAGGAUAAAGAUUAUUUGAGCUAUUUAUUUCUAUAAAAAGAGAGGUCUAUAAUGUUGGCAUGUUUGUGGUCAUGCAUCAAUCAUCACGUUGCCUUUGACAUAUUCUGCUGUAGUGGCUGUAGUUAACUUUAAUGUUUAAAAAGAUUUUACGAUUGCUUGCAAAGGUUUAUGGUGUAUUUUAUUUUUAAUACGUGUGUUGCACUAGUGGCAAAAAAAUAAGAAUACUGAUAUGUAAUAUUAGUGCUGUAUUUUAGUGUUUAAAACGCUUUCUCAGUAUUUGACAUAUUAUGAUGCACUUUUAGAGUUCCAUGGUGGUUCUUUAGGAUUAAGAAAUCACACUUUUCAGCCUGUCAACAUUGUCAUGCUGUUUCCAUGGUUUCCUCUGUGCUAGCGAUAGGUGCGAGCGAUAGGUUGGUUGGCAAGAAGGUCGAUUACUUCACAACCAGUAGCCAAUGGCAAUGGAGAGUUUAACAUGUCACACAAUGCAGACCCUAUUUUAAUCGCCUAUAUCUGUCAUAUCUCGCUCUCAUUGGCUGUUGAAGUUUAUGGUUGAACCAUGGCCAACCUGGUUCAACUGGAUUUCAAGUGGUUUUGAGGUUCAUCUUACACCAACAUGACCUUAUGCUCACAAUCAUGAUCAUUACCAGGUAAUGGCAAGAAUACAGUGCCUUGCAAAAGUAUUCACCCCCCUUGGUGGUUUUUGCCUAUUUUGUUGCCUGUAAUUGAAAUACAUUUUUAUUUUUAUUUUUAUUUGGAUUUGCACAAAAUAGUCCAAAUUGGUGAAGUGAAAUGAAAAAAAAGAACCUGUUUCAAAAACGGAAAGGUGGUGAGUGCGUAUGUAUUCACCCCUUUUGCUAUGAAGACCCUAAAUAAGAUCUGGUGUAACCAAUUACCUUCAGAAGUUACAUAAUUCAUUAAAGUCCACCUGUGUGCAAUCUAAGUGUCACAUAAUCUCACACCUGUUCUGAAAGGCCCAAGAGUCUGUAACACCACUAAGCAAGUGGCACCAUGAAGACCAAGGAGCUCUCCAAACAGGUCAGAGACAAAGUUCGGGGUUGGGUUAUAAAAAAAUAUCUGAAACUUUGAACAUCCCACAGAGCACAAUUUAAAUCCAUUAUUAAAACAUUGAAAGAAUAUGGCACCACAACAAACUUGCCAAGAGUGGGCCGCAAACCAAAACUCACAGACCAGGCAGGGAGUGCAUUAAUCAGAGAGGCAACAAAGAGACCAAAGAUAACCCUGAAGGAGCUGCAAAGCUCCACAGCAGAGACUGGAGUAUCUGUCCAUAGUAUCUGACCACUUUAAGCCGUACACUCCGCAGAGCUGGGCUUUAUGGAAGAGUGGCCAGAAAAAAGCCAUUGCCAAAAGGCAUGUGGGAGACUCCCCAAUUAUAUGGAAGGUAUUCUGGUCAGAUGAGACUAAAAUGUAGCUUUUUGGCCAUUAAGGAAAACGCUAUGUCUGGCACAAACCCAACAUAUAACAUGGGGUGAUAAAAUGAUACAACCCCCCCCCCAAAAAAAAAUCUAUUUAAAUUCCAGGCUGUAAGGCAACAAAAUAGGGAAAAUGCCAAGGGGGGGUGAAUACUUUCGCAAGGCACUGGAACUAAGUUUGUGUACUCUGUGUUUGUGUUGGUUUGCUUUAAAGCUUCUUAACCAGAUUCAUUGUGUGACAGAAGUCCUGCUGAAAUUGUUUUAGAACAUGCCCUGAAAACGGAAACGAAUGAGAGAAUGAGAUUAAGAGUUGUAGAGAAGUCAUUCUGACAAAAACAUACUGCAUGUCAGGGUUCUCCAACUGGCAGCCCCGGGCAGUGAUUUUAUUAGCCUUUUAUUUGAUCUCUGAGUAACAAAAAAAUACACUUUUUGACAAUUAUUUUUAAGUGGUUGGACAUAAUACUGUAAAAACAACAGCAAAUCAGCUCCAAUUGAUUUAUUUUGGAAAUCUGUUCCUAAGUAUUCCCACGCAUAAGAGAGAGAGAUAUGUGAUGGUAUACAAAUGUAAGUUCGGUUUGAAAUGAUUGUUUUAGUCAAAUAUACAGAACCAAAAGUUUGGACACAUACUCAUUCAAGGGGUUUCUGUAUUUUGUACUAUUUUCUACAUUGUAGAAUAAUAGUGAAGACGUCAAAACUAUGAAAUAACACAUAUGGAAUCAUGUAGUAACCAAAAUGUGUGAAACAAAUCAAAAUAUAUCUUAGUUUCUAGUAGUCACCCUUUGCACACCCUUGGCAUUCUCUCAACCAGCUUCACCUGGAAUGCUUUUCAGUUUUGAAGGAGUUCCCACAUAUGCUGAGCACUUGUUGGCUGCUUUUCCUUCACUCUGCAGUCCAACUCAUCCCAAACCAUCUCAAUUGGGUUGAGGUCGGGUGAUUGUGGAGGCCAGAUCAUCUGAUGCAGCACAUUUUUGGUUACUACAUGAUUCCAUGUGUUAUUUCAUAGUUUGUCUUCAAUAUUAUUCUACAAUGUAGAAAAUAGUCAAAACAAAAAAACUCUUAAAAUGAGUAGGUGUGUCCAAACUUUUGACUGGUACUGUAUCUGCUGGGCUUCUUGCGGUAAAUUCUUAGUCUACAAAUGAUUUGUAAAUAUGUUCUGUCCCCCUGACCAUCCGCUCAAGAAAGUAAUCCGCCCGCGGCUGUUUUUAGUUGAUGGUCCCCGCUGCAUGUUCUACUAGGACCGUAUAACCAUAGCGAAGAUUCAGUGUGUCUGUUGUUAAAGGGAUAGUUCCCCCAAAUUACAAAAUUUUCCUUACCCUAUACGCAGUCUAUUGACCAAGUCCAUGCUUUGGUUUGUUUAUCUGGCCACUGCCAUAGACUGCUUAUAAAGGUAAGGAAACCAAUAACAGUUUAUCAUUGGGAACUUUCCAUUUAAUGUUUUUAUGACUUGUUUUGGUAACUUAGUCUUUCUGAAUAUCAAAUCAUUUAAUGAUUCCCAUGAUCAAGAUUCCCUGUCGCUAUUUUAUUUGAUUCAUUUAAUUGUAAUGAGUUGGUACAUGAUUGAAUUAUUUGUUAUUCUCUAGAACCCUGGCUAUUGUUUUCUGUUGAUUAGAUUUUUAAAAAUUCUUUUUAAGUAUCUUCAUUUCUCUUUUCAAAGCCAAAUUCUGAUUCAUGGAAUAAGGUUGUUUGGGAUAUGGGCAAUUUAUAUUUUUGUUUGUAAAACAAACUAUUCUACUGUGUCAGGCAUUUGAGUGCAUUUGAAACCUCGAUUUUUCCUAAGACCAGCUUUGUGCCAAGAUUUUAUGCUCGAUCUACGGUAUGUCUCUUUCGUCCCAAAUAGCACCCUAUCCCCUAUAUAGUGCACUGCUUUUGACCAGAAUCCUAUGGGCCCUGAUCAAAAGUAGUGCGCUAUUCAGGGAAUAGGGUGCCAUUUUAUACCUGUAUCAAUUCUUAUGUAAUUAAUUAGCCUGGAUCCAGAUCUGUUGGUACAUUUUGCCAAUCCCUAUGGUCAUUGACAUGGCAAGAUGGCACAAAAAGAUCCAGGACCCAGGCUAACUUAUUUUUACCUCUUCUGCACAUAUUCCCUGUAUGGAUGAUUGCAUUCUCUGCUCAUUUGUCUGAGUUGUAUUCGAACUCAUUACCUCAACACUUAUCUGGGCAACUAAGUGUGCACAUUCUUUAAUGAUUCUUUUGGACAGUCAUUGAUAUUAUGCUCAUUUUAAUGUACUGUAUCGAAUAUAGGUAUGUCUUGUCGGUAUGACCAGGUUUAUUCAAAAACCCAAACAGUCAUUCCCACAACAGUGUUAUGCCGUUCAUCAUCCUAAGACCAUUGCAAUAAAUGGAAAGGUGUUAUUUUCCCAUUCAUCGUCAAAAUCAUCAAGUUCUUUUCAUCAAUAAAAUGAUUUAAAUACA